GCUCAAGAAAUUUUAUAAUGUGCUCAGUUUUAAUUGAGAUCGGUUGAUGCAUACCUAAUCUGCUCAUAAAACUGUCACAUUAUAAUGUUACGAGAACCAUUCUAGCGGCUUAGAUACACGUACUUUUUACAGAGGAAGGGCGAGUGUAACGAAAGCGUAGUCAAGCAUUUCGGUAGUGUGAUUGGAUUGUAGAAAUGAUGCGCCAGUUAAUACGUUGCAUGACAUGUUAGUUGGUAAUUUUACGGCGUCAACUCAGUUAAAGGACAUUUCCAUUAUGUGGUAUAUCAGUUACAACAUAAAAGACUGCGUGCACAUAUUCUUUCCAGACAUAUGUUGUCUGUUGAUGAUGGUUAUCUAGAGAGAUUAUUUAUUUUUCGGCUCAGCUAUCGUAGUAUGUCCUGCACAGAGUUAGUUCUCUGUAUAAGUAAAGAGGAAAAAGCCAAAUCUAGUACUAUCAAUGCGUGUUGGGGUCAAACCAAGGGAGCAUUGAUGUAUGUGGUAUAGUCGCACUUCAAAAACUAUUAGAUCGAGAGAUUGCGCUCGUUUCCCUACGAAAAUGGUUAUAGGAUCUGUGAGAUGGAUUAAUUAAACAGUUGUUUGCUAUUUCUGAUAUAGGACUGGGGUAGUUUAAUUGGUUUACAGUUAGUUGGCACAAAGGAAAUCGGUAAGCGUUUUGCACGGGUUGCUGUUGGCAAUGGUGGAUUACCUACAGGUGAUCAAAAACUUUCCGAUGCUUUCUUUCAAUGGCAAAAGUUUGCAUCCGAACAAACGAAACUAGAUGUUGGUUCAAUAAUACAACGUUUUGUAGUAAGAGAAAUGAAACCAGAGGAAGUUGCUGCAUAUAAUGCUCCAUUUCCCAAUGAGAAAUAUCAGGGCGGUGCAUUAGCAUUUCCUCAACUGGUACCAACAACACCUGAUGAUCCCUCAUCGCAACAUAACCGUGAUGCAUGGAAAAUUUUGGCAACAUUCGAUAGGCCAUUUUUAACUUUGUUUUCGGAUUCUGAUCCAAUAACAGCUGGAUUGGACAAAUUAUUACAAAUGGCAGUACCAGGUGCUAAGAACCAAGCACAUUCUAUAAUUACUCAAAGUGGACAUUUUUUACAGGAAGAUAAACCAAAUGACAUUGUUGAACAUCUUAUUAAAUUUAUCGAAGAUAAUCCAUUACCAUCUGAGUGA